AUGUUUCCAGACUGUGCAAAGCAAUUCAAAGAGGUCAAGAGUCAUGCUUCUGGUGAAGAAACAGAGAAGGGUCACACAGAGUUACUGAUAGAAGAGCUAAAGCAGAGAGAGGAGGAAGCAAUGGAAGCUCAGCAACAAGCUGAUGUAAAAUUGCUCGAGGCUAAAAAAUUAGCUUCGCAGUAUCAAAACGAGGCUGACAAAUGCAAUUCAGGUAUGGAUACAUGUGAAGAAGCCAGGGAAAAGCCAGUAGAGUCAUUGUUUGGUCAGAAGAAAUUAACUGCUUUGUGGGAGAAAAAGGCUCGCGAACUAGGAUGGAAACCAGGUAAUGCCAUGCCUCACCGGAAUCAGUAA